AACGAAGCGAAGCUUGUGGGAGAGGUACCAUCAAUCAGUCACGGUCAUAUAGCUAGCUAUACACACGAGUUGAGUUGAGUUGAGGAGUCAGUGAGCAUGAGCAUGAAAUCGGAGAUCGUCUGCCAACCGACGUGAGCAGCCAUGAACGAACCAUGUCAUACUAUCACCUGCCUCGUCAGAAAGCCCGCAGACCGAAAAAGAAGAGAAGAGCAAAGAGCGACCAGACAGCGAAAACCGAGCCGCGAAAAGAAAACCGCCCGGGCAGGCGCGCGCAAAGGAAAACGAAAAGGGACAUGAAAGUUGAGAGAGGCAGGGGCGGGGGCGGGGACCAUUGUGGGGGCAGGGAAAUCUGCCAUGUGGCUGGGGCAUGAGAUGCCUGCAGACAGAACCAUGGAUGGGUGGAUGGAUGGAUGGAUGAUGGAUGGAUGGGCCGUCUCUGCCUGUUCUAUCUCUCGCUUGCUACGAGUAGCCGGGCAGCUGUGCAAAACAGCACCACACCAGCCAUCAGAUCCCAUCCCGUCCAGCCAUCAGUGGGAAAGAGAGAGAGGCCGAGAGUAGAGCAGCAGCCGAACAUUGACCACCAUCCAUCCAUCCAACGUAUAUACACGGCGUCGUUGUCGUUGUGGUGGGUGGAAAACCGACAUAUAAAGACACACCCUCCCUCCCUCCCUGUCUGCCUGUACACUUACAAUGCCACAUCCAUCCAUCCAUCCAUCGGCCCACUCACCACCAAAGAUAUUACAAAUCCACACACAGCAAGGCCUGGCCGUGAUACGAUCGACCAGCCUUGAAUUCAGCUCAUUCGUUGAUCGACAUUGACGGGGAAAAAACCAACACGCAGGCACGCAGGCAGUGAUCAUGGAGAAUACUACGGGCACACCACACACAUCCACACCCACACACAUGUACGCCGAGAGAGAGAGAGAGAAACACUCCCCAUUUGGUCAUGGCCAGACAAAGAGCCGGUUCUGAGCGCCUCGCCUCCGUCCGUCCACCAGCACCCAGCACACCACCUAGCUUCCUUGUUUAUCAUCCGACCAGGCAGAGCCAGGCGGGUCUCUGAUCUCUAUUUCUCGGCUGUCUGCCUUUCUGUCUGUCGCGCGCGAAGGGGGAGGGGAUCGCUGAUGAGUGAGUGCAUCACACUGACUAGUUUACAGAAAACCACCCACACGCACGCAGACAGACAUGGAGGCAGGGAGGCAGUGAGGUAGUGAGGCAGCAGCAAGGCAGGCAGGCAGGCAGGCAGGCAAUGAUAAAGGAAGAACAAACCGAACCAACCGCGCCGAGUCUGUCGUCUUUGUCGGACAAAUUGUUGUGUUUGUGUAGAAAAAGAAAACACACGCACACGCACACGCACACGCACACACGAAACGUAGGUAUGAAUGAAGCCAUGGAUGUCGACACAAACACACAUACACAUACAAACACACAAAGAUGAACAAAGCAACCACCGGGCCAGCCAGCCACCUCCCCACCCCCCACCCCCUCUUACCUGUGUCGUCACACAUCCAUCCAUCCAUCCCAUUCACACAGGCACAGCCGUGAGCCAGAGGGCCGACUACGCCCCACGCACACCACACGCAUCCGCCCUCGCUCCCUCCCCCACUUAAUCAUUACAAACACACACACACAAAACACACACAUGCGAUUCUCGCCCCCCCGAACCCCUGUAUAUAUCACGUGGGAGUGGUGAGGUCACUCGUCGGCCUCUGCCCUGCGCGCCUCCGCCGCCUUCCACGCGAUGAGCUUGGGCCGCACGGCGGUGGAGGCGUUGCAGAUCUCCUCGUGGUUGAAGUCAGCCAACACCGGCAUGGCCACGUCGCCCGGCAACCUGACACACCACACCACACCACACACCAACACGCACAGAGCAUGUGUGUGUGCGUGUGUGCGUGUGUGCGGGAGGGGGGGAGAUGUGUGUGAGGGCGUGAGGGUGCCAACCGGGUGCUAGGGUCCCGAAGCUCGUCGAAGAACUCGUGUGCGAGUGCCUGGAAUGGGACAGCAGGCACACUCGUGUGUUCAAAUGACCUCCCUCUGCAUGUCUGUGUGGGGUGAUGGGCGGCAGGCUGGUGUUCAGCUCACAUCGUGGAGCGGCAGGCGCUUCUCGGGCUCGUACGCCAACAGGCCCGUCAGCAAACCCAGCGCCUCGGAACACACACCACUACCCUCCGGGAAGAUCUGAACACCCACACGCGCACACACACUCUCUCCCUCUCUCUCUCUCUGUCUCUGUCGCACUAUAUCACGCACAAGCUGACCUUUGUCCACUGGCGUGGCUUGACUUCUGGGAAUCUGAAUUCGGUGUAGUUGGGGUUCAUGGAGGACAUCUGGUCGCGUGUGGGUGUGCCCAUGGUCUGGAUGAUCUUGACCAGCUGGUCCACUGACGUCGUGCCCGGGAACAGCGGACGGCCCAGCAUGAUCUCGCCCAUCACACAGCCUGGAGGGGGAGAGAGGGAGGGAGGGAGAGAGAGGGCGGGAGGGUCUGGCGUGUGGCUGCUGCUGGUGUGUAUGUGUGUGUGUGUGUGUGAUCUUACCGAUGGACCAGAUGUCGAUGGCUGUGGUGUACUCGGUGGCGCCGAGCAUUAGCUCCGGCGCGCGGUAGUAGCGCGAGCAGAUGUACGACACGCUACACUCACCUGACGGAUGGACCCAAUCAACCACACCACACCACACCACACCACAUCACACCACACCAUUCAGCUGCCCUUUCGUGUGUCCGCUCGUGUGUGUGGUGUGUGUGGUGUGUGUGUGUGUGUCCAUUCGCCGCUGUCCGCUCAACGAACCUGGCUUCAGUAUCUUAGCACUCUGAAGGGCAGACAACAGACAGCAGACAGGGGCAAUAAACACACACCGUGUUCUGCGUUCGUUCAAGUCUUGCUCUCUGCUGCCUGCCAUGUGUGUGUGUGCAUGGCUCGGUCUCCUCACUCACCCCGAAGUCGCAGAUUUUGAGGACGUGUCUCUUGGGGUCCACCAGCAGGUUCUGCGGCUUGAUGUCCCGGUGGCAGAUCCCCUGACACGACAUACACACAGAUGGGCGAUGGGCCAUCCUAUCUAUCCCUGUGUGUGUGGUGAUGGUGGUGGUGAGGUGGGGGUGGCAUGCGAUGCCAUGCCCCCUACCAACCAGAGCGUGUAGAUGUGCGACGCCUCUGCAGAUCUGGUACACGUACAGCUUGACCAACACCAUCGGCAACAUGCGCUGCUGCCGCGUGUAGCCCUUCACCACCCUAUACACCGUCUCAGGAAUGCUAAACACACACACACACAGAGAGAGAGAGAGAUGCGCUUGUGUGUGGUGCCUUGUCUUGUGAUGUGGUGUGGUGUGGUGUGGUGUGCAUACUAUUCCAUGACGACGUUGAGGUUGGAAGCCUUCUCGCCGUGGCUGCCUGUGCGCUGCUGCUCGGCCGCUACGGGGGUGUAGUAGAAGUCACGCAACUCGACCACAUUCGGGUGCCGCAGCAGCUUCAUGAUGUCCAACUCGCGAUUCUGAGUACACAACACAUAACAGACACCAAAAACACGCACACAUCCAUCCAUCCGUGUAUAAGUGCAGUGCACUCGACCACACUCCAGCCACUUAUGCGUGUGUGCCGCCGCGCCGCCCUCGCCCGCCCGCCCACCUUGUAUCUAGGGUCCUGCAGCACCUGUUUGAUGGCGACGGUCUCCUUGGUCUCCACAACCUGCGCCAGCGUCACGCUACCGAACGACCCGGCGCCCAGCGCCUUGCCCAGCGAAUAGGCCUCCGACCCUCGCAUCACCAGGGACGAGGAGGAAGCCUCCGCACUCGACGACUGCACCUCUGCCAUCAGUGCGUCCGACCGCCGUAUCCGCCUUAUCUAUCCCUCCGCCUUCUCCUCCGAUCCCUCCCCCCUCUCGCGAAAGCCGCCCACCACGGGAAUGAGGUGCGGCGGCUCACUUACGCGAGAGUUCAGGAGUCCUCAGUCAUGUGGCCGCAGCAGCACAGCCCAUCAAGUCAUUCUUGUGUCGAG